AUGGGAAGGUCGCGAAGAAAAUACAAGCAAUCGAGAACCAAGGUCCGAGUGGGUCUCCCGAAGAAGAACCCUAGGCUUUUCAAACCCUCCUUCUCCGUUCCACCGAAGCUCUUGCAAUCCCUCGCCGAUGAGCCCCAAUGGGACGCCCAAGGCACAGUUAACCACAACUACCAUUCCUUCGGCGUCCUCUCCGACCCCAACUCUCUCUCCGACCCCUCUCCCGCUCUCCAAUCGAUCGAUUCCGGCAGUGACCUCGAAGAAGACGACUUGAAAUCAGCCCUAGGAAAGAGGCGAAAAGACGGUAGAAGUGCGCCUCCUCAGCCUCUCACUGCAAUGCAGCGAAUUCAUAUUGGACGCCUCGUCGACAAAUACGGAGAUGAUUAUCAGAGUAUGUUGAUAGAUAUAAAGCUGAAUCCGAUGCAGCAUUCGAUCGGAACUUUGCAGAAGUUAUGCAUGAGGUAUCACAUGUAUCAACACAAGAACCCGCUUAUUUUGGCCAAAUGA